CAUUAUCCUUAUGAGAGGGUUUGACUGUAAUUAUACUGCUCCCUGCCAUGGCCACUCAUGUGCAUGCGUGCAGGAGAACGAGAACAGUCUCCUCCACCCAAACUCCGCUUCGCGAGGGCGAUCCAACAGCUUCUCAGAUCGGAGAUGGGCGAGGUGACGCCGGAGAUGGAGCGUAUCUUCAAGCGCUUCGACACCAACGGCGACGGCAAGAUCUCGCUGGCGGAGCUCGGCGAGGUCCUCCGCACGCUGGGCUCCACCUCCGGCGACGACGUGAAGCGCACCAUGGCGGAGAUCGACACCGACGGCGACGGCAACAUCGACUUCAAAGAGUUCGCCGCCUUCUGCCACGCCAACCCCGGUCUCAUGAAGGACGUCGCCAAGGUCUUCCUUUGAGUUCUGGUCUCCUUUCUUCUUCUUCUUCUUCUUCUUUUGGUCUCUUCUGACCAAUCGCAGCUGUGUACGUAAUGGGAUCUUGUGGAGAUUGUCAGCUUAAUGAUUUGUGUCGCCAUAUGAACUCUCACCAAAUCAGUUUAAUAUUGCUAUUCCAAUAUGAAAUGGUUUUGUGCUG